ACCAAUACGUUUUCAGUGUUUUCGAUCGUUGAGAUAGCUUUGAGUUUAAACAUAUUUAUUCAUUAAAAUACUUAGCGUAGCAGAAAUUGUAAGGAAAGUUUUAUUUUGAUUCUUUGCCCCGGAAAUAAAUUAUUUUGAGAAAUGAAGCAUGUAAUUUUACUAACUGUUAAACAGUUUAUCAAAUAAGGAAUUAUUUUACUGGAAAUUUAUAGCGAUGAAAUAAGUUGCUUUUUAUGAAAUCUUACGUAAUAGUUUGUUUUCUUUUUUUUUUACACGUGCUUGACCUUAAGUUUUCUCUAAGCUGUGUUGAUAUAAAUUCCAUGUAGAAAAAUAAUGAAAGAGAAUGCCGUCCAUCGAAGAAAAAGCGAUAUCCAAGCAAGUGAAUUACAUUAAAAAUAAGCUUAAAGGGGUCCGGGAAGCAACUGAAAGUGUUGUGUCAUUAUUACACAAUCGUUUAAAUGUAUUUGAUGAUCGAAUUGAAGAGUUGGUUGGAUGUGAAGUGGAACAUUUUACUACAUUGUAUCGUAGGUUAAAUAAUGAUUUUGAAAACUUUCAAGAAAGGUUGAUUUAUAUAGAAACUUAUAUUGAAUCAUCUCCAGAUUGCCAAAUUAUUUCUAAAAAGCCCUCCUUUGAUGGUGAAAAUCCACUUCAAUAUAGGCAAGAAACUAAGUCAUCAUCUUGUCAUAGUAACUUAAAACCAGCAGAUUUACAAAUAUCAACAUCGUCAUCUUGUUCUUCACAUGUUUUGCAACCUGAAAAUGAAACCAUUAUUAGUUUUGGUAAUAUUACUGAGCCCAUAUCACCUUCAAGAUUAAUUUCACACCAUUCUAUUAAUAACUUAGGAGAAGCUGCAGCUAACGUUUUGCCUACAACUUUCUAUAAAAUUGAUGAAACUGAAUCUAUAGAAAAUACCACACCCCAUGUUUUGCAGACAUCUUCUGCAUUUUCAAAUGAGAAUUUUUCAGCUUCCCUUCAAAAUAAUGUAAAUACUUAUGGAAAUUCAUCCAAAUCAACUUCAUAUGCUUCUAUCAAUGACAUUGAGGGUUCGGGAGUGAAUUUGACAUCUGUAUCUAUUAAAGCUAAUAUAACUGACCUUCCUGAAAGCACUGCAUCAGAAAGAACUGAGGAUGCAUUUCAGUUGGAACAGCUCUCAAGUCACAUAGCUUCAGUUGAGUCACUUUCAGGGACAUCUUGCCACCGCUCAUUGUCUUCAAAUUUGAGUGAUUAUCAAUCUGCUUGUAGCGGACAGGACAGUGCAAUAAAUAGUCAUCUAAACACUUCUUCUAUCCAAAAUGAAUCUAAAAUCAGUGAUAGUCAAACAUUUUCAAAAAAGAGGAUAAUAAGCUCUAUCCAAGUUGAAUGCCCAAUGACUAUAACAGCAGCAACAAUUUCUCAUAUUGAGAAUCCUGGGAACUUUUGGAUGCAGUUGUAUAAUUGUGAGAGUUCCAGACUCUGUUUUCCAAAGAAAAUGUUCUUAAAGUCAGAUAUUCCAACCAUUGUGGAAGUUGGUGAUUUUCUUCUUUCUCCAUCCAAAUCAGUGUCUUAUUACUUGCGAGUAAAAGUUAUAGCAGUUGAUGAAAAUGAUGAUCAUGUAAAGGUAUUUUUCAUUGAUCAUGGAUCUACUCAGAAUGUUCAACGAAAAGAAUUACGCGUGUUACCAUGUGAAGCUUAUGAAAUACCAAUGCAAGUUAUCAAUUGCACUCUUGCUGAUAUUUCUGCUCAUAAUGAUAUAUGGUGCUAUGCUGCUAUUCAAAAAUUUAAGGAAUUAUGUACAAAUUCUGUGGAAGCUUAUAUCAAAUGUCAAAUUGAUGAUAAGUAUGCUGUACAGUUAAUUGCUUCUGUAUGUGACUUUAACUGUGAUAUUGGCCAAAGUCUUUGCUAUGAUGGGUUUGCUACUGAAGAGGAUGCAUCUCUUCAGAUCACCGGUGAGAAUUCAGCUUCUGAUUUAUGUGAUAGUAAUGUCAGUUCUAUGAAGACAAGUAAUCAACUCAGCUCUGAUUCUGGUGUUAGUGUAACUUCCAACCAGCCUUCUUCACCUAUUAAUCAAAAUUACCAUUAUAGUUCUGAGACUUUAAACUCUCAUCUAACUAAAGAUAAGACUCAGUUUCAAAAUGAAUUGCAGGAACUUUGCAGUGAAAAAUUAGUUUUUCAAGAAUUAGCACCUGAAAACAAAAUUGAAAGAAAUGAGGUUGAAAGUACUGAAGAGUUGCAAAAUGAAUUCUUAACAGUUUCUGAGCAAGAACAAGAUAAAAUUUCUACUGGAUAUAAUAAAUGUUUAAAAAUCUGCACUUGUAAAUGUCCCCUUCAUUUAUUAAUACCAUUACCUUCUAUUAAUUUCGUCGAAGAAUAUAAGGUGGUAGUACUGCUUUCUCAUAUUUCUCAUCCCAAUGAAUUUUAUGUGAAUCUGGCAAUGGAAAGUAGUAUUACUUUAGAUGAACUCUUUGAACAAAUGUUUAAUGUUUAUUCUCCUCAAAUGGCUCAAGAUACUUAUUCAAUUCUACUAGAUGACUUAAAAGUAGGCAUGUUCUGUGCUGCAUGGUUUAACGAUGGAAAUUGGUACCGAGUGAAAGUACUUGAUAUACAUCAAAAUUUUGAUCAAAGUCACAACGUAUUUGUGCAAUAUGUAGAUUAUGGUAACAAGGCUUGGGUCAAGAAUACGGAUUUAAGGUCAUUAACACAGGAGUUUGCUAAAUAUCCCUCUCUUUCUAUAAAAUGUUCGCUGGCUGGCAUUGUUCCUGCCAAGCCAUGUGAUUCGUAUAAUGAUGAGACAGCUUGGUGGAAUGAAGAAGCAGUGAACAUGUUCAAGAGCAUGAUUAGUUAUGAAAAGUGUUUUACUCUUGAGAUCGAAGAUCGAACAACUAUAUUUGAAGAUGAUCCUCUGCAGGUUCUUCUCUGGGAUACACAAGGGGAAAAGGAUGUUACUUUAAAUCAAGCCCUUGUUGAUAGUAAAUUAGCUAUGGUUGAUUGUGCUGCAAUAGAAAAAUUGCUACAACAGCAAAGCAAGAAAAAACCUGAUGUUGAGAUUCUUAGUAAUUGGAACCCUAUGUUUGAAGAAUAUAACGAUAUACAAAACAGCUAUGGAGUUAAUUUUGAUGACUUUCAAGUUGCAACAGAUGGAUAUAAAUACAGAGAUGAACAGUAUAUUUGCAAAUAUUAUUCUCUUCGUGGCGGCUAUUGUCCUCGUAAUCCCUGUCCUUAUCUACAUGUCCCUUUAGCUCAAGGUGGAGUCACUAGAGACCAAGAUGAACUUUAUUCUUUUAAUUGCCUUCCACCUUUGCCUGAAGAUGGAAGUUCUUUUCUGAUUCAAGUAUCUGCUGUGAAAAGUCCUAGUUUUUUUUAUGUACAGUUACCGUUUGGGAAUCUGUCUGUAGAUGAACUCGAUUCACGUAUAAAUCAAGGUGUUCCCCGUGAAAGUCUACAAAAUCAAGAAAUGAACCAUCUUUUUAAUGCUUUAAAUGAACAUUAUACUAACAAACCAUUUGAUGAAACAACAACAAUAGGAUUAGCAUUCGGUAGCAUUGUUGUUGCUAGACGUCUAUAUGAUCAAACAUGGCAUAGAGCUAGGAUUAUUGAUGGACAGGAUAUUAAUAAGCCUACAAAGGUGUUCUAUGUUGAUUUUGGAAAUGAAGAAUGGGUUGAUCGAAGAAAUAUUCGCCGAAUUUUGCCCGAAUUUUUACACACCCCAUUUCAAGCUAUAGAAUGCUGUUUAUAUGAUGUUGAACCUCUUGGGUUUGAAAAAGGAAAGAAAUGGAGUUCUUAUGCCGUGAGCUGUUUUAAGGAUUUGGUGUCUGAAACUAUAAUGCUAGCCCAUGUUGCUUAUAAAUCCAAUGAUACCUUACAAAUCAGUUUAAGAAGAACAACACAAAAUGAUCACCUGACAAUCAAAGAACAUCUUAUUAGGGAAGGAUUUGGACAAGAAAAAUUAUUAAUAAAAACAAAUAAGCCAUCAUCUAAAUACAUCCCUGGUUAAUAUUUUUUUAAAAUUUUCAAACCUUGUAUAUUAAGCUUCUCAAAAGUGCCUAACAUGCCUUUUGUGUUAAGAUAUUUGUUGUGAUAAUAGAAUAUAUACAUAAUACUCAUAAAAUAAAACUAUUAAGUUUUUUUGUUUUCUAA